CAGCCAAAAGUGGGCAUGAGGCUAUUUUUAAGCCGGGGUGGGAUGUAUUUAUUGUUCCAGCCCGAGGGGAAGGAGAGUUUGCCUCUGAGACACCUCUCGCAGCAACAUCGGUACCUGCGUGAAGCCAUGGCACCCAAGAAAGCCAAGAAGAGGAUUGAAGGUGCUAAUUCCAACGUCUUCUCCAUGUUUGAGCAGGCCCAGAUCCAGGAAUUCAAAGAGGCAUUCACCAUCAUGGAUCAGAACCGGGAUGGCUUCAUCGACAAGGCAGAUCUGAGAGACACCUUCGCUGCACUUGGGCGCCUGAACGUGAAGAACGAGGAGAUCGAUGAGAUGAUAAAGGAGGCACCCGGCCCCAUCAACUUCACCGUGUUCCUCACCAUGUUUGGGGAGAAACUCAAGGGAGCAGACCCGGAGGAGACGAUCCUGAAUGCAUUCAAGGUGUUCGAUCCAGAGGGAAAAGGACUGAAAUCUGCCUACAUCAAAGAAAUGCUGAUGACACAGGGCGAGAGGUUUUCCCAGGAAGAGGUGGAGCAGAUGUUCGCAGCCUUCCCUCCGGACAUGUCUGGCAACCUGGAUUACAAAAACCUCGUCCAUGUCAUUACACACGGCGAAGAGAAGGACUAACUGGGCACUGCGAGAUCGCCUCUCUCUGGCUCCCACAUGUUCCAUGGGGAACGUGUGAAUGGCAUCCCCAUUAAAUUGCCUUUUGGCAAGAAGAAAUUCA